UCUACUCAAAUCAAAUCAGUAAAACCAAAUCCCUAUGUUAAAAUACAAUUGUUGUGAUAAAAAAAAAAUAAAUAAAUAAUAUUUUUUAAACAUAUUUCAGCCAAUAUAGGCUAUAAAUAACACAACAGAGGAUAGGACUGACUCAUGAAAACGUACAGUUCCUCUGUAGUGCCUAUACUGUACAAGUUAACAAUAGAGACUGAUAAAUCAACACUUGUUUGAGUUGAGUUGAGAACAUGCAGCCUAUCCGCCACCAGCACAGAUCUUCAAUCAUUAAACCACUAAACCACAUCCACCCCCAGACGUGUGACGUGUGAUCGCUGCUGCCCAUCCGCGACGCUCCUGAAACGCUCGCAGCGCAACAUUGUAACCGGUGGAUGCAACACGUCCCUCAGACUCUCUGGUGCUGAAGCUGCGCGCAUCCGGAAGAUUCCAGCAUCCCGCAAGCUUUCUCGUCUACAGUAUGGAUCAUGAUGCCUUUUAUCGCCUGAUGAAACUUCCAUUCGCUUUGCUUUUUCGCUUUAAUCAUCACGAAUUUAAUAUUCGUGGGGAUCGGUAACCUGAGAUACUAACGGUUUCUUGGUAGUUAUGACUGGCGCGCAAUUGCGCUCAAUAAACUGACGCUUUCAUCUAGUUGCACUUCAGCUUCACCAAAAAGCGCGGAGAGAUUUCUGGAGUGAAUUGCUUGAUAAACGCACAACUGGAGCAGAACCAGUGCCAUGGGGCCCUUACUCUGGGAAGGGCGCCUGUCAUGUUUUCUUCUCCAUGCUUCUGUUCUCCUGCUGCUCAGCAAGGGGGAGCGGAUGUGCCCUGUGAGUUGCCGCUGCGAAGGCAAGAUUGUUUACUGCGAGUCUGGCGCCUUUCAAGACGUCCCGGAGAACAUCUCUCUGGGGUGCCAGGGACUAUCCCUGCGGUACAACAGCCUCCUGUUGUUGCUACCUUACCAGUUUGCUCACCUCAACCAGCUGGUCUGGCUCUACCUGGAUCACAAUUCAAUCAGCGUAGUGGAUAGACUGGCCUUCCAGGGACUUCGGCGGCUAAAGGAACUAAUCCUAAGCUCUAACAAGAUUGUGCAGUUGCAAAACGGCACCUUUGAGACUGUCCCAAACCUGCGCAACCUUGACCUGUCCUACAAUCAGCUGCAGGACUUGAUACCGGGGCAGUUCCAUGGACUUCGUAAGCUUCAGAAUCUUCACCUGCGAUCAAACAACAUCAAAAACAUCCCUGUCCGUACGUUCAUGGAAUGUCGGAGCCUGGAGUUUCUAGAUUUGGGUUACAAUCGCCUACGGACUAUCACUCGUACGACCUUCCUGGGACUGCUCAGGCUGACAGAACUCCACCUUGAACACAAUCAGUUUUCCAGGAUUAACUUUUUCCUAUUUCCACGCCUCUUAAAUCUGCAGGCUCUUUAUCUGCAAUGGAAUCGCAUACGGACAGUCGUCCAAGGUUCGCCUUGGACUUGGCACACUUUACAGAAACUGGAUCUAUCGGGCAACGAGAUUCAAAUUUUGGAUCCUGCUAUUUUUAGGUGUUUGCCCAACUUGCAUACGCUCAAUCUGGAGUCUAACAAGAUCAGUAAUGUGUCCCAGGAAGUGGUUUCAUCGUGGAUCUCCAUUAGCACCAUCAACCUGGCAGGAAACAUAUGGGACUGUAGCUCUAGUAUCUGCCCUCUGGUGUCUUGGCUGAGAAACUUCAGGGGAACUAGAGAUGCCAGCAUUAUUUGCAGCACUCCCAAAUCGCUUCAGGGAGAAAGAGUCAUGGAGGCAGUGAGGAACAACUCAGUGUGUGAGGAGAUAUUCACUGUGGAACCGACCACGGAAUUAACUCUUCUUUUGACUACUACUACGACAACUCUUUAUGUGACAAAGCCACCCACAACCACCACUACAACCCCACACACCACAACUAGGCGGCUUUCCCAAGUAACUCACAUACAAAGACUCACCCCAAAGGUUUUAUUCCCUAUUCAGUCUGAGAAAGAAUUCCUAGUGACGCCUAGCAGCCUACCCUUCACCCCCGAACCCGAGUUUGAGCAUAUGACCUUCCACAAGAUCAUCGCAGGCAGCGUUGCCCUAUUUCUCUCGGUGUCAUUAAUCCUAUUAGUGAUUUACGUGUCGUGGCGGCGAUACCCCAACAGCAUGAGGCAACUCCAGCAGCACUCCAUCCGACGCAAGCGCAGGAAAAAGACUCGAGAGCCCGAACAUAACAUCAACUCUCAACUGCAAGAGUAUUAUCUAAGCUACAACCAUGCCAAUGUAGAGACGAUGGACUCUUUGGUUAACGGGGCGUGCACCUGCACCAUCUCGGGCUCCAGAGAGUGCGAGGUAUGACCUACCACUAAAAAAACGCAUUCUCUGCACCGGGGAGUCAGAGAAUGCAUACGCAUAUCCCAGACCGCUACCGGGGACCUGGAUGGGAGACAUACCCACAAUUCACCGAGGGGGCCCGUGAGAAAACGCACCACUGCCCAUUACGAUUUGCAUUGGCUCAGAUAAAGCCUUUCCUGGAUUUUGCUUCAGCGCUGAGAAUUUUCCAACACAAAAGCAGCAGAAUCUGAAAAGAAUUAGGCCGGAUGGGCGGCACACAUCCUCAACCCCUCAUUUUGGACCCUUUUAAAAGUGGAGCAAGUGGAUACGGCAUCAAUUUGACACCCAGUCCUCGAGCAAAACCGGUUUGGUAGUCACUUCGACCAACAAUAGACAUCCCCCACAAUGGGGCUGGCAAAACACGCAAGGCAAAUCUCUCCAUAAUGAACCAGCAAAAUGUUUCUCGACGCUGCCAUUGUUGCUGUAUGAUAGCUACUGCCUGCUCUCCCCACGGAAUCGACACCUACCGUCCCUACUUCCUCCAGCCUCCCGUCCUGUUCAUCCCUUUGUGUUGUGUAGUGAUGUAUUCAUGCCGAACCACUGGAAACGUCUCUCUCGUGAUCGGUGGACAGUAAUUGCUCAAUUGAGCACAACCCACGAGGAUGUUUCCAAGGACCGCAUGACAACAGAAGAUAUUUUUGACUGCUGUGAAAACAUAAUGAAAAAAGCCUGUUUGUAAGGACUGUAACCUCACCAAAAGUUCCCACUGUGAUUUGAUUUCAACCCUGGCUGAACGUGGACUCACCACAGGAGAGUUGAAUUGUGGGUAUAGUAUGUGUGUUGUGGAUGUGUUUUGUUUUUUCUGUUCCGUUUCAACCUGGAAUUUCCAUGCUUUCCCUGGAUUGUCCUUUCUCUUUGUUCAGACUGAAAAUUUAGCUGACUAUUUUUGUAUGAGCACCAUAUCAUCCUUACGUGAUUAAUCAAAGAGAGAUCGACUUUAAAAACUCUGAGAUACCUUCACAUAUUUUAAACACUUGCAUCUGGAUGCCUUCUUGUCGCCCGACAUCUACAGCCACUGAUCAAACCAUCAACAAACCGGAUGUUUUCUAGAACAACCACAGCUGUCAUUAUUUUGUGCUGCAAACUUUGCAUAGCGUAAAACGGUGGUUCUCAACUGAUCAGGGUCAUAGACAAUAAACAAUAAAAUGCAGCUAACCAUAUAAUCAUGCAUAGUCAGGAGAGCAAAAUAAAUGUUUUGUUUUUGGCGUCAAAGGUGUGUGCAAUCAAACUCCACAGUAUUUUGGCACACGAUCAUCUACUAGACAAAAUGUGAAGCCAAAUUAGAGAGGGUGCAUGACAUAGUCCUCAAAAACCAUGAACAGAACUACUGAAUUGAAAAUAUGACCCAGACUACGUUAAAUACGGGUUCACAGGGUUUGCAAUGUGUUUUAUAUGAUGAAUUAUUUGUGUGAUGAGAGCAUCGAAAUUGUUCGCUUUUGUCACGUUAAUAAUUUAGCAUAUUGGCCGGCCUUUGCGUUUCUCUGAAAUAUUACUACAUUUUAAAGUUUGAAUUUAAGGACAUUUUUUACUUACUUUUUGUACGAUAAACAAUUUAGAUAUCACUUCGGGUCACCACUUGAUUUCCAAUGUAAAAUCCGGGUCCUGUUGAGAACCACUGACACAAAACCUUUCUAAGAUUUACACACUUAAUACCAUACAACAACCUAUGGAAGCUUGUUUCCGCCAUGGAAUGGGAAAAAAAAGGUAAUUGCGACUUUUCUCACAAUUCUGACUAGUUUACAACUCGCAAUUCUGACUUUUUUUCUCAGAAUUGCGAGAUAUAGUCGCAAUUGCGUGAUACAAAGUCAGAAUUGUGAGAUAUAACUGACAAUUGCAUGUUAUAAAGUCAAGAAUUAAUAAAGUAAAGAAUUAAUUAUUUUUUGGUGGAAACAAGCUUCCAUAACAACCAUCUACAUUCACCACACUAGUAUUUCCCUUCUCUGCAGAUUUACAGGACAUUACCUUUCAAAAGUUUGGGGUCUUUUUUUAAAAGAAUAACACUUUUAUUCAGCAAGGGCACAUUUUAUUGAUCAAAAGUUACAUUAAAGACAUAUAUAAUGUUAUAAAAGAUUUCCA